UGGCGCCAGAAGCAUAAUUAGCAGUUAAGGACCAGUCUUCAAUACUACUUCCUAGUUCCUACACAAUGAACUUCUCACAAACCCUAGCUCGAACUUCACUCUUAUCUUCUCAUUUCUCCAUUCCAUCUCUUCCUUUUCGCCAUGGGUUCCAGCAAAAUUGCCGAAGAAUUCGAUGCAUUCCAGAGCUAUCAAUCCCAAAUUCUGUUGCAAUUUCCGAACCAUUAAUCCUCGAACCAUCAGAAAAUCUGGCGGAAGAUACUGUUGAGCAAUUACUUGCUCCUCAAAGCAACGAAAUCGUCUCAAAAAUGAUGAAAAUGGAGAGAAAAUCGAGCUGUAAUGCAAAUUUGCAGGAUAAUAAUGGCCGAUGGUUUCCAUACCUUGAUAAAUUUAAGGUUAAUGAUAUUUACUUGAGUAGUGCUGAAGUAUUGGAGGCGAUUGAUCCUCUGAUAUUGGAAGUGAGGAAAGAGAGGUUUAGGAAUGUGGUGAAGAAUCGGAGUUUCAGUGUUUGUCUUGUUGUUGAAGGAUUGUCUGAUUUCGGAAAUGUUUCGGCUGCAUGCCGGUCUGCUGAUGCUCUCGGCUUUCAAUCUGUUCAUGUUGUUUCUUGCGAUAGCUCGAAAAGGUUUAGAGAUAAUCGACAUGUCAGCAUGGGUUCUGAAAAGUGGCUAGAUUUAGAGGUCUGGAACUCUACUCGAGAUUGCUUUAAUGUUCUGAAGUCACGUGGUUACAGAAUAGCCACUACACAUCUCGGAAAAGAUACAGUUUCUAUAUAUGACAUGGAUUGGUCAUGCCCAACUGCCAUUGUUGUUGGGAACGAGAACAGGGGAAUUAGUGAAGAAGCUUUAGAGUUUUCAGACUUGCACUGCAGUAUUCCUAUGAACGGCAUGGUUGAUUCUUUUAAUGUUUCUGUUGCUGCUGGGAUACUGAUGCAUCAUGCUGUUUUUGACAGAACAUCACGCAUGGGGUCUCAUGGUGAUCUAACAUCGGAUGAAAGUCAAAUCUUACUAGCAGAGUUUUUUCUGCGUCACAGCAAGAGUGCGAUCAGCAUGGCCCACGAGUACGCAAAAAGGAAGUCAUCCAAUGCGCUGUCAAAGCUUUGAUGCAUUACUAUGCUAUCAAAACCUCACCCUGUCCAUCCAGUUUAUGUAGUUUUGAAAUUUGCAGGACUUCAUAGUCAAAAGGUAUAUGUUUUCACAGUUAACGUGUAAAGUACUCUGCAGCUCUGUUAGAUUAAUGGGAGUUGCAUGAGCUUUUGCAAAAUUUACAAGUAGUGAAAGCUUUGACGAUUAGUGUUCCUUCAUUACCAGAAGACUAGAUAGCAAUUCUGUUUUGUGUUUUCA